CACUUCCUGUAAGUAUUGAGUCUUUUUCAUAUGUUAUUCUAGGUUACGUUUUUGUGGUUCAUGAUCUUCUUAUAAAAGAAGAGGUGUUGUUUCGUAUUUUUUUUCUAUAAUAUUUCAACACUUUUUAGCCAGUAUGAAAAGAAAAAAAGUUAUUCUAUUCUGCAUUUUAUCAUUUACUACACUGGCUGUUAUCAUAAUCUAUCAUUCGUGCAACAUGUCUACCUGUUCUGCAAUGUAUGAAACACUUUGGCGCCCAAAAGCGAUGUUCGAAAAUAUAAAUACCGCGAAAAUCAAAAAGUAUUUUAACCCGUUAUGGGCAAGAACAGAUCAAGAAAAUAAAAAGAUAAAAAACUCACAAGAUAUAAACGAACGCCAUAAUUUACAUGGAGUAACGAAACUAAAUACCGGAAUGAGUGUAAAGAUCAAUUUGGAUCAAUUAAGAAAGACAAUCGAGGCUAGAAAUUUAAACUUGACCGGCAGAGACAAAAAUAUGAACAGACAAGGGAAUGAAAUAUCUGCAGAAAUUCAAUCCAAUAUGACGCAUACAAAGCAUAACCUUAUACGUCAUAUAGGUAUAAUGACGUUCGACAAAAUAUCAUGUAAGCCGAUUUUCCCGAAAGUUUUAUUAUAUAAUCGGAUUUUUAAAACAGGAAGUACUAGUCUGGGUCAAGUAAUGGUAAACGCUUCCGAAUAUUUGAAUUAUCACGUGCAGAAGUCGACGACUGAAGAUUGGUACAAUACGGGGGAUUCAUACCCAUAUCCAGACGUUAUAGAAAAUCACGUGAUCAAGAAUGUGUCAGUUGCAUUUGUUUCGCAUUUUUAUUUUCGUAACGACUUAAAAAUUGAGAGACCAUACACGUAUAUAAAUAUGUUACGAGAUCCAGUCCGCAGAAUUAUAUCACAUUACAAAUACAUGAGAUUAGAAAAUAUAAGACCACCUGAUCGCAUCAAAGAGUUGAAAAAAUCUGGUCUGUGGAAUGAAUCCUUGUUAACUUGUGUUCGAAAACAACAUAGAGGUUGCGAGGAUAAUGUCAUGACCAGAUUCUUUUGUGGUCCGCAUAAUUUUUGCAAGAGCGGUUCAAAAAAGGCAUUGGAGAAAGCAAAAUUCAACAUGCAACGAUAUUACUCUGCGGUUGGGAUAUUAGAAAAAAUUGAAUUAUUUUUAAAAGUUUUACAGACAAAAUUACCAACAUUUUUCAACCAUACUCAACUAGUUUUACCUCGAGAAAAGAAGAAUAAAAAUGAAGACUACUACAAAGAUAUAGACAAGAAAACUUUGAAAAAGAUUCGAGCUCGAAAUAAAGCGGAUAAAAAGCUGUAUAAAUUUGCGAGUGAGCGUUUCAAAAGAGAGAUAUCUGCUUGCAGGUUAUGACGGUUAUCUCUCACA